AUGCCUCCCACCGCUCCUGUCGAGACUCGACAAUCAAUCGAUGUUGAGGAAGCAGUCGAUACACUUCGAAAAAUGGUUUCCGAUGUUUUGACUCCUCAAUACGAUACUCACUAUAACCUUCUCAGAUGGCUCACUUCAAGUGAUUUCAACCUGGCCAAAUCGGCACACAUGCUUCGAAAACAUUUGAAAUGGCGUCGAGAACGUAAACUUGAUGAACACGAAGACUUUCAUGGCUUGCAGAGAAGUAAGGUUGCCGAGGAGUUCGCACCCAUAUCCAUCGUCGGAUUCAAUAGGUCAGAUGGUGACCGUCUGAUUGUUAUAGAUCAAGCAGGAAAAAUUGACAUAAAUGGAGUUAUGAAGUCUGUACAGCCUACUGAAUAUCUCCAUCAGAUGUUCAGAAAUUUCGAAAAAGUUUACAAACAUAUUCAAAAGAGAGAAAAAGAGAUUGGAAGUCAGUGCGCUGUUUAUUAUAUUUUUGAUUUGGCAGGUUUGGCGUUUGAUCCUUUCCUAUUGAGUAUUGUCAACGGACCGUUCAGAGUAUCUUGGCAGCUAGUUGCUUCUCAUUAUAGAGAUUUUAUUGACAAAUUCAUAAUUGUCAAUUCUCCGAGCUAUAUCAACGUACUUUGGUCAGCCAUAUCAGCUUUCAUCCCGGAACACGCAAGAGAAAAGUUCGUUUUUGCCGAUAAGAACUGGCAUGAAGAACUUCUGGAAUUGUGUGAUGCAGACUGCUUGCCUGAACGAUAUGGAGGAAAUCUUCCAAACGAACAAGUGUUAAAGGAUCCUAGAAUAGUUCCAAAAGAGUUUUACUGGAAACCAAGAGACGACUAUCCUGCACUGAAUCAACUGCACAGGGUGUCCGUACCAGCUGGAAAAAACAGAAUUUUAAAAUACUUCAUAAGAGCCGAAACAAAAAUCAACAUCUACUCACACAACGAGAACGACAUAACAUUCUCAUUAUUAUUCUCCACGAAAGAAGAUAUGGGAGAGGAGGAUUGUGAAGUCGUAAUCCCCCCCAUUCCUAAAUGUGGCUUACCAGCAAUGGAUUGUUUUGACUAUCAUUGUGAGAAUUCAGGAUAUUACCAUCUCAAACUUUCGAACGAAGCUUCUUGGCUCUUGCCGACAACAUACCGUUUGAUGCUGCAUGAUCAUGAAAAUUCUGAGAUCCCAGCUAUUAAUAUAAAUGAAAAAUGGAUUAAAGUGGGUGAUAAAAAAAGAAAAUGA